CAUGUUCCCCGGCGCAACGAUCUAGAACUGCCGGGCGGUGCUUAACAUAUCCCAAUCAGGCAAUAAAUUGACCAAGGCGCGACAGAAGAGGCAUCCUUAGUCGCUCGGCUGGUUCCCCGCAUGUUGCCCAGACCCUUAGUUAUGUUGAGCUGUUGGAAAUUCGGACACUGCUACCGGCGGAGGGGGUAUCACACGACGAUGGAAAAAUUAUUAUUAUUUGACGGGACGGGACGCAUGGAGGUUAGUAGGCUAGGAGCGCUUCCUCGACGAAUCCUGUCAGAUUGGAAUGUCCAGCCGUUUCCCCUUUCACGUCACGUUUCUUCCAGCGACUGUUCUUGAACAUUUGUUUCUCCCGUGUUGAUCCAAACUACAUCGUUUUUACCUUGCCGACAGUUGCCCGUCUCUUUGAAAAGCAGUCGUUUCUCCAAGUCACUGGUGUCUCCCUUUCGUAAUAUUCCCGAACCCCGGCCGCCUUCAAGAUGGUCGCUACCACGAUAUCGCCAGAGGCGCCUGUCAAUGGUGUUGCGCCCGCAAAGUCCAAUGGCGUCGUCGUCGUGACGGAGUUGAAGCAACACAACCACCACCAUGACCAUGAACCCGUCGUCAGUGCCGAGCAAGAACCUAUCCAGGCCCCGCUACCAAACCCUUCGCUGGUAGUCACAGCCGAUCACCAGCUCAAGGCAGAGGAAGCGCCUGUUCUCGCGCCAAAGGCGGGAGAGGCAUUGGUCCACGUCAAGGCUACCGGAGUGUGCGGGUCUGACAUCCACUUCUGGAAAACGGGCCGCAUUGGAACGCUUGUAUUCGAGGGAGACUGCAUCAUCGGCCACGAGGCAGCAGGUGUCGUCAUCCGCGUCGGCGAGGGUGUCAAGAACCUCAAAGCGGGCGACCGCGUCGCGAUCGAGCCGGGCGUGCCCUGCGGCGAAUGCUUCCUCUGCGUUGACGGACGGUACAAUCUCUGCGAAGAUGUCCAGUUCUCGGGUGUUUACCCAUACCACGGCACGAUCCAGCGAUACAAGUGCCACCCGGCCAAGUGGCUUCACAAGCUCCCCGACAACAUCUCCUACGCCGAAGGCGCCCUCCUCGAACCCUUGAGCGUUGGCAUGCACGGCAUCCGCACCGCAGGCCUCUCCCUCGGCGUCGGCGCUGUCGUAUGCGGUGCAGGCCCCAUCGGCCUCGUCACUCUCGCCGCGGCUCGGGCCUCCGGCGCUCACCCGCUCGUCAUCACCGAUAUCGAGCCCUCCCGCCUCGCCUUCGCCAAGACGUUGGUUCCGAGCGUCAUCACGUACAAGAUUGACCCCGCGCUCGGCAACGAGGGCAACGGCAAGGCUAUCCGCAAAUUAUUCGGAGACGACGAGUACAGCGCGCCCAGGACAGUGCUUGAGUGCACGGGUGUCGAGAGCAGUAUCUGCACUGCCGCUUUCACUGUUCGCCGCGGUGGUACGGUUAUGGUUAUUGGUGUUGGAAGAGAAAUCAUGAAUAACUUGCCGUUUAUGCACAUAUCUCUUGCUGAGAUCAAGCUCGAAUUCAUAAACAGAUACCGCGACACAUGGCCCGCGGGCAUCGCCUGCCUGAGCAGCGGCAUUCUCGAUCUCAAGAGCCUCAUUUCUCACACUUUCCCUCUCGAGAAGGCUGUCGAUGCCCUCACGCUCGCGUCAGACUAUAGGAAUGGCAGCAUCAAGGUUCAGAUUGUAGAUGAGACUGACUCGCCCAUCUUCUGAAGCGGUAUGCAGGGAGUUGAAGGUUUCAUAUCAGGGGGGCAUGGGCUAGUCUAGCCAGGUAAUGAGAAUCGCAUCAAGUAGC